ACCAUGAACAACUACAACAAGCUCCACUCCUCCGCCUCCGGCGACACGCCGGCCACCUUCCAAGUUUCUCAUACUCCCAAUCCACCGUCCUCCUCCGCCUCACGCCGCCGCACCCGAAUUCUCUUCGUUUCCCUUAUCUCGAUCCUUCUCAUCACUGCGUCCGCCGUCUCGGCCGCCGUCCUCCUCCAUUCCCAAAGCUCCCAUUUCCCCCACAACAAACCAACCCAAGCCAUCUCUCACGCCUGCAGCCACACUCUCUACCCUUCUCUCUGCCGCUCUUCUCUCCUCUCCUUCCCCGGCUCUCUCUCCGCCGACGUCCACCGCCUCGUUCAUAUCUCUCUCAACCUAACUCUCCAACAUCUCACUAAAGCCCUCUACGCCUCUUCUCAAAUCCCCGUUUUUCAAAUCUCCAAUAACCCUUUAGCUCACUCUGCUUACCAAGAUUGUAUUGAGCUUCUAAACGACGCCGUUGAUGCCUUCUCUCUCUCUCUCUUCUCCACCUCAGCUUCUAACCAUGACAUCAUGACGUGGCUUAGUGCUGCGUUGACUUAUCAUGACACGUGUAGUGAUGGAUUUGCGGAUGUGGAUGACCCGGUCAAGGAUCAAAUGGCGGCGAGGCUGAGUGAUUUGUCGGAGAUGAUUAGUAAUUCUUUGGCUAUUUUUUCUGGGUAUGGUGAGGGGUUGCCGGUGCAGAAUAGGCGGCGGUUGAUGGAGAGUGAUAGGGAGUGGGCGGCGGAGAAUGGUGUCGCGGUGGCGGAGGGGGAGUUUCCCGGGUGGGUUAGUGGGAAAGAUAGGCGGCUUUUGGCUGCUCCCAUUUCGGCCAUUCAGGCGGAUAUUGUUGUUGCAAAGGAUGGGAGUGGGAAGUUCAAGACGGUGGCUGAGGCCAUUGAGGCGGCGCCGUCGUCUAGUGGUCGACGAAUCGUUAUCUACAUUAAGGCUGGAAAGUACGAAGAAGAGAAUUUGAAGGUGGGAAGGAAGAAGACAAACUUGAUGUUUGUGGGAGAUGGGAAGGGCAUAACCGUCAUUUCAGGUGGCAAAAGCGUUUUUGACAAAGUUACCACUUUUCGCACCGCCACCUUUGCCGGUUCUGGGACAGGAAUAAUUUUACGAGAUAUGACUUUCGAGAACACGGCAGGGCCAAGCAAGCACCAAGCAGUGGCACUUCGUGUGAGUGCAGACCAUGCGGUGGUGUAUCGUUGCAACAUAAUUGGUUAUCAAGACACUUUGUAUGUACACUCGAAUCGACAGUUUUUUCGUGAGUGUGACAUAUAUGGUACAGUGGACUUUAUUUUUGGAAAUGCGGUGGUGGUGUUCCAAAGCUGCAACAUUUAUGCUCGGAAGCCUAUGCCCCAACAGAAGAACACCAUCACUGCUCAAAACCGAAAGGAUCCGAAUCAGAAUACUGGAAUCUCCAUCCAUGCUUGCAAGAUCCUCGCCACCACUGAUCUUGAAGCCUCCAAAGGUUCUUUUCCGACUUUCCUUGGUCGCCCUUGGAAAUUAUACUCUAGAGUUGUUUACAUGGUAUCUUCAAUGGGGGAUCACAUUCAUCCACGUGGUUGGCUCGAGUGGCAAGGCUCUUUCGCUCUCGAUACUCUUUACUACGGCGAGUAUAUGAAUUCUGGGCCUGGUGCUGCCACAGGGCAGCGAGUCAACUGGCCAGGUUAUCGGGUCAUUACUUCUACGAUUGAAGCCACCAAAUUUACUGUCGGACAGUUUAUCUAUGGCUCUUCGUGGUUGCCUUCCACUGGAGUGUCGUUUUCGGCCGGAUUAUCUGCUAACUAAAAUUGCAAUACUAUUUUUGUAGUAUUAAUUUUUUAGGAUGUGGUUGAUGACGACACGUGUACAGUUUCAUUCCUUUGAUUAAUGCUGUUGGGGAAAAUGAAGAAAAGAGCAGAAAAUAAUGUGUGCCAUAUGAGAGUUUAUGUAUUGUUAUAAUUGUGAUUGUAUUUGUUGUAUCAUCGUUAUAUAUUUUUUCAAAAUAAAUUUGUUUUCUUGUUUUA